AUGGGCAAGACCAAGGAAGCCAAGGGCAGCAAGGCCACCAAGGCCGCUGCUAAGCCCGCCGCCUCUCCCGUCGUCAAGAAGGUCGAGAAGGCCGUCAAGUCCGCCAAGGAGGUCGCUAAGAAGGCCAUCGGGUCCAAGGAGAAGGCCACCGACAAGAAGUCCAAGAAGAAGGUCGAGUCCGAGUCUGAGUCCAGCGAGUCUGAGUCCGACUCCGAGUCUGAGGCCAGCUCCUCCAGCUCCGAGGAGGAGUCCGACUCUGAUGAGGAGAUGGUCGAUGCUCCCGUCACCAACGGCAAGGCUAAGGCCGCCGCCGCCAAGGAGAGCUCCGACUCUUCCGACUCUGACUCUUCCGACUCCGACUCCGAGUCUGAGGAGGAGGAGAAGCCCAAGGCUGCCGUGAACGGCAAGGCCGCCAAGGCUGAGAAGAAGGCCGAGUCCGGCUCUGACUCCUCUGAGGAGGAUUCCGACGACUCCGGCUCUGACUCUGACUCUUCUGAGGAGGAGGAGUCUUCCGAGGAGGCUUCUUCCGAGUCUACCGAGGAGAAGGCUGAGCCCUCCAAGAAGAGAAAGGCUGAGGAGGAGGCUGAGGAGCCCGAGGCCAAGAAGAACAAGGCUGUUGAGGACAGCGAGGAGAAGAGCGCCACCCUCUGGUGCGGCAACCUCGGCUGGGGCAUUGAUGACAACAUCCUCUACGAGGAGUUCAAGGACUUCGAGGGUCUCACCGGUGCCCGUGUCGUCUCCGACAAGGAGAGCGGCCGGUCCCGUGGCUUCGGCUACAUCGACUUCGACACCCACGAGAAUGCCGAGAAGGCUUUCAACGCCAAGAACGGCGGCGAUCUUCAGGGCCGUGAGAUGCGUCUUGACUUUGCUGCCAAGCCCGCUGCCGCUCCCCAGGACCGCGCUGCCGCCCGUGCCAGCAAGCAUGGUGAUGUCGUCAGCCCCCCCAGCGACACCCUUUUCGUCGGCAACCUCCCCUUCAGCGCCGAUGAGGAUGGCGUCUCUGCCUUCUUCAACGAGGUCGCCAAGGUUCAGAGCCUCCGCAUCCCCACUGACAUGGAGAGUGGCCGUCCCAAGGGCUUCGCCUAUGUCUCUUUCUACUCCAUCGAUGAUGCCAAGAACGCUUUCGAGCAGCUCAACGGCGCUGACAUCGACGGCAGACCAGUUCGUCUUGACUUCGCCAAGCCCCGUGACAACAACGGUGGCGGCGGUGGUGGUCGCGGUGGUGGCCGUGGCGGUUUCGGCGGCCGUGGUGGCGGUCGUGGCGGCGGCCGUGGCAGCUUCGGUGGUGGACGUGGUGGUGGUCGUGGUGGUGGCCGCGGCGGCUUCGGUGGCGGUCGCGGUGGUGGCAGCGGCUUCCAGGGCAAGAAGGUCACCUUCUAG